AUGGACAUAUUCACGUUUGACAGAAAAAACUAUUGCUUAUUGACACGUUGGCUGCUCGGGAUAUGCCUCUUUUCGAUCAAUGGCUUUGCUGGCAAAAUGAAAAUCGUCGAAGAGCCAAAUACUUUCGGUUUGAACAACCCCUUCAUGACUCCGAGGGACCGACUUCAGCCCAGGACAAGUCCUUCUCCAGUGUCUGGUCCUCAACAUCUUCAGCAGUUGGCAGGAAAAUGCUUCAGUCUGAUAGAAACAACGUACAAAUAUGAGUUCUGUCCAUUUCACAACAUCACGCAGCACGAGCAGACGUUCAGCCUUAACGCCUACAGCGGGAUACUGGGGAUUUGGCAUGAGUGGGAAAUCAUCAAUAAUUCAUUUACAGGGAUGUGGAUGAGAGAAGGCGAUGAAUGUUGGACAGCAAACAGAGAAACAAAGGUGAUUUUUGUUUGUGGGUUAAGUAAUAAGGUGGCUCAGGUUUCAGAGCCAACCACUUGUAUGUAUUCUUUGACUUUUGAGACGCCGCUCGUCUGUCAUCCUCACUCUCUUUUAGUGUAUCCAACUUUGACCGAGGAACAACAAAAAGAAUGGGACGAAGCAGAACAAGCUCGAUAUGAAGAACUUGUUACGGAGCAGGGAUACAAUAACUUGUUAAAAGAUAUUUUUGAAGAUGCAGGUCUGUUUAAGAGUCACAAAGUGAAUGUGGAGGAAACUAAAGCCUUAUCCAGUUCAGACACCGACAGCUCCUUGCAAAAAUGCAGACAGGAUACCAAAAAACAAACGGAGGAGAUUCAACGAUUGCAAGCUCUCCUCACACAACACAAUAUUCCUUUUCAUCCACAACAAACAGCUGCAAUAAAUCAAGAAAGCGAAAAAGAGAAUCAUCUUAGAGGAGACACCGGCACAGUCAACCCACUAUAA